CUGAGCAGCCGUGGUGACAACACCAAGUGAAGUGCAGUGAACAGUAAAUAAUUAAACAAGUGAAGUGAGAUAAAGCAAUUGCUUUAAGAUAGAGGAGAAGGUGGAAACGAUUAAAGUGUCGGCCGAGAAUUUCUCUUAUGAGAUAAAUAUUCCGGCCAAUUUAUCGAAUGUGACACUGGAAGGCAGUGCCAAUAACAUGUCUGGCAACCACAAUGACGACAUUGGCGGUCGACGACCCAAUGAGAACGACUGUCGGCGACAGCAAAAUACUGAUUUUAACGGCCACCCCAUGGAUUUGGCUAAAUCGUCAAUUGAAUCUGACAAGGAAGAUUCAAAAAUGCGGAAGCGGAAGAAGGGCCAUGGUUCUGAUGGCGAUUCCAGCUAUAACGCCAUGAAAUUGCAACUUGCCGUUGAGAGGCUUGAGACAGCGAAUAGAAAUCUUGAAGCGCGGAAUCAGGACUUGAUUGCUAGAAUGGAAGCACAGUGUGCUCUUGUGGAGACGCUGCGCUGUAAAAUUGAACAGCUUGAAGGCACACGAUCUGGUUUCGUUGCUGCUGCUAACAUCACUACUGAGGCUACUGUACACCAAUCGCAGUCAGCAAGAAACAACAAUGAUAUUACUACCACCACUACAUCUGGUAGUACAUUUACGACAAACUGGCUUGCUGCCAGCACCACCACUAAAGCUGCCAUGCACCAAUUGCAGCCAACAGCAACCAACUAUGACAGCACUACCAUAGCUACAUCUGGUAGUAAGGCUAUAACCGAAUGGUCCACCGAGGUAGCCGAAAACCUCGGUGCAGCGUUGAUGGAAGAGGAUGAUGUCGCACCGCCGGCGACUGUAGACAUGUCAAAAGGGGCUAUUCGCAAGACCACACAGAAGCAGCCACAAACGACCCAAGCUAAUAAUGGAAAGUCAUCAACAACUAUGACAACAACAACCUUGAAUCACCAGAGGACCACUACCAGGAACAGAGGCGCUGACUCGAACACGGAUGCGGGAAGGACCGUUGGAUCAGGUAAGGUCAGCCCACCUAUAGUGAAGGUUUAUGGGGUAAAUGUUAAGACAUUCAUGUCAGGUCUUAAGGGGCUUUUAGGACAUGAUCUCUUUAAUAUUGAUAUAAAGAAUAGGAACAUGAUUGUUCUUAAAUUAGUGAGACUGGAAGAUCACGCUAGGGUCAAGCAAUAUUUGAUAGGAGAGGGUACGUCCUUCUACACCUUCACACCGAGGAAUAUGAGGCCAUAUACGAUAAUGCUUUCUGGUUUGUCUAGCACCUAUGAUGUAGAGGAUUUAAAGGCCUUCCUGGACGCGACUGGCAUCAAGAUCUGCGAUAUGGUCAUAAAGAAACUCAUGUACGACAGAUGGAUCGUACAAUUAGGCCAGGAUUCCGAUGUGAAGGCUUUCCGUAGGCAAAGAUACAUACUGGGCUGCAGAAUAGACAUGGUGAAGAACAAAGCAGGAGGGGUUACCCAAUGCCAUAACUGCCAGAGGUUCGGGCACGUUGCGGCCAAUUGCAGCAUGGAGCACAGAUGCGUGCGAUGCGCAUCUCCACACGGACCAGGAGAGUGCAGUGUGCCAUCGGCCGAGGCCGGGGGAGAAGGGACCUUAUCCAAGGAUCCGGCUACAGGGGAGAUUGUCAGGGCGGCUGUUGCCCCUCUAUAUUGCGCUAAUUGUAAGGCUAGCGGACACAUGGCCAGCGACAAGAAUUGCCCGAAGCGCCUGGAAGUACUCCAGCGCAUGCAAGAGAGGAAAGUGACCAUGGCGCCUCCAAAGAGGGCCCAGGUGCUGGCUCCGGCGCCACCACCACCAAGGAUGACCGCGGGCUCUUAUGCCAACGUUGCCAGGCAUGUGAAUUCUCCAACGAUCACCCCAGUUGGAAUGAGGAAUGAGACGGCGCAGAGGGCGGCUCAGGCAAUGGGCUUCUUCAAUGCGGAGUGUAGACGGCUGUUCGGACAGGACUUCCAUGUAUACAUGGCCAAGAUUGCUGGGUUCGCUGAGACCUUCAGGGGACUGAACUCUGAUGCUGAGAAAAGGCAGGCGCUGUUCGGCCUUGGUUUGAGCAUGGCUCCUGAUGGGAAUUAAAUGCAUUUUUGUGAAUUUACACUCGGUAGUAUCUCGACACAAGAGACACUACUUACAACUUUUCGUGGAGGAGCAUAAACCGGACGUUUUGAUGCUGGCGGAGCACUGCUUGUCGGCGCGUCAUAAUUUUGUUUUGAAGGGGUACUCGAUUCAUAGACAGGACCGGACUAGUGGUGCUGGUGGUGGGACGGCGAUCUGUUUGAGGGGAAAUGUCCGUGGUGAAAGGGUUGAUGCAAGCCUUGGGAGAAUGGAGGGUACUGUUGUUGCGAUAAAUAGGCCUGAUAUGGGCAGGAUACUUCUGGUAUCUUUGUAUCUUAGACCCCAGGAUACCCUGGGUGUGUCUGAUCUGGACGCUUUGGAGAGGGUUAUUGGGACAGAAGAGGCUAUAAUUGGAGCGGACCUCAAUGCGAGGCAUCGCGUUUGGGGGGAUUCUACUGUUAACACUUCCGGGAGGAGAUUAAAGGAAUGGCUUGAUAUGAGCCCAACGGUCGUGAUGAGACCAACCGAUGGACCAACGAGGAUACAGGGGAGGAGUCGGUCUUUUAUAGACGUUAUAAUGACUACGACGGGAUUAAGAC